GUGUUCAUUCGAACGGCACUACUAUGAAAGAAAUCAGCUGAGAAAACUGUGAAAAUGCCUAAUAAACAACACAACGGCCACCAAACUCAUUUUAAGUGUUGUCUCCCAUCGGGAUGUGCACAAGUUGACAGAGAGAUCGACGAAUUUCAACCAAAAAAUGCCGUCCGAAUUGUCUGCAGUAAUGAACAAUGUCAGUAUGGACGAUGGAUGCAUGCUGACUGUUUUGACGGAUUCGAACAACGCGCAUUAACGAUUCUUAGGAGCUGUUCAAGGGCAAGGAAUUGGUCAGAGAAACAAAAACAACAAAAUGUUUGGACUAAAAAAGGUUAUGAUCUUGUGUACAAGGCGUGUCAGUGCUUGUGCGGACGCGGCCAUAUUCGAAAGGAUCUAGACGCUCCUAAAGUCGAAGCUGCUUCCGGAAAACGUCGACAUAAAUCAGCCUCUUCGGUUAUUAGACCAAGAACAGAAAGUCUGUCCAGCGGUGGGUCAGCUAGUACUUCUCCCCCUUCCCCUGUCAAUGGAAAAUUUGACUUUUUCUUGGAUAAGGAGCACGCCGCUGCUGGAAAUAUCUUCCGACGGCGUACAAGCUUAGACGCGUUUGAAAGCUUGCCUACGGAUCAACAGAAUUCAUACCACAUAAAACUAGAAGACGAAGGUCCUCACGGAAACGAUGGCAUUCGUAAAUUGGUUCUCUGCGCUCUAACCAAAUUGAACGUAACAACUCUACGCUGCGUUUUGUGUUCGAAAUCGCUACCGGUUUUCGAUCAGUACCCUCUGAUCGAUGGAACACUUUUUCUUACUCCAUACCGCUAUGGAACUUGCGCCAACGAAGUCACUUGGAAAAAUGGCAAGUCGCAUCUCUGCGCUGUCUGUUUGGAAUGCCUUCAAGGUGACAUAAGAUGCCAAAAUUGCCGAAAAAUAUGGAAUGGCCGCUCCCUUCAAUUGGGCACCAUGUACACAUUCGACGUUUUCGCAGCUGAUCAGUGCUGCGAACAGAGAUCAUCUUGUAAUCGUUGUAUGCAACCAGUUCUGGAUAAAGGAAAUAGUCUCCACUUUUUCUCCGAUUAUUCCCGCGCGACCAAGUGUCCUCAUUGUUUUAUCGAAGAUUACCACUUUAUUAAGCCGCUGUCUCGCAUCUACUACUUCUAA